AUGGCAUCAGGUGCACGGGGAAUCGGAGGCCUAGGCCUCAAGGUUACAGGCGCUCUGAGUGGCACCGUCUUUGUAGAGUCCCUAGACUGUACCGUCGGAUCGCUUCGCACAGAAAUAUCACGUCUUAUGGGUGGAGACGCUGUUGUGAAGAUGAUUGUGGGCGGCAGGACCCUACAGGACGACAGCCGUACACUCCACGAAGCUGGCGUUACCGCUACCUCCCGCAUCUUGGUGACUCGCGGCAGCAGUGCCUCCUCCGACGACGGGGGUGUCGCCGCCGUCAACACCGGAGCCGACCGCGCGCGGCGACUGGAGUGGGUUCGGAAGGCUGCCGAGGCCCUGGCUGCCAGGGACUCCCGGGGACUCAGUGACGACUACGCACUGGACGUUGAGAACCAGUCGGGCUCCUCUGUUGCCGUACGGCCCGAGGACCGCCGUAAUCUGGUGCUGGGGCUGGUACUGCAUGACAAGGCCAAGGCGACUUUGAAGAGGGGCGAUUACGCCACCGCACUGGAGGAGCUGCUGCUGGCCGAGGAGGCGCUAGCCCUGUGCGACCCCUCCCUCACCUCCGCCAUCGAUAACCUGCCACUGCUGCUCAUAGACCUAGUCUGGGCGGCGUACAAGCUGAGGGACGUACGGCGGUUGGCGGUUAGCAAAGAGCGGUUGGCGAAGGCGCGGGCGGGGCUGGCAAGAGCACACGGUCCGCGACUUGAGCGGCUCCGAAACCUGACUGGCGCGGCAUUUAGUCCGGAGCUGGCAACCUAUCUCCGUCUGGAGGUGCUCGAGGGCCUUGUGGGGUACUACAGCGGAGAAAGCCGUACGGCAGUGGAGGGCAGCUUCAGAGCGGCUCAGGCCAAGUGGCGCAGGUUGCAGGUCUCUGACGAGGCUCUGGCGCUAUUGCAGGGCAUGGGCUAUGAGUUACAGGAGAGUCGUCGAGGUCUCCGUCUGAGUGGGGGCGACGUAACGGCUGCUGUGGACUUCAUCCUGGAGCAGCGCAAAGCGGAGGCGGAGCGCAACGCCCGCAGGAAGCGAGUAUCCGACUGGAACCACGAACGUAUCAAGUACGGCAAGACGCCGUCCGGGGAGUACGUGGAUCCGGAUCAGUUGGAUCGGUUAACGGGUUUAGGGUACGAGCGGCGGUUGGCGGCGGAGGCGCUCCGGAAGAACGGCAACAAGGGGCAGGAGGCCCUGGAUGAGCUGAGUAGCCCCGAGCGAAGGAGAGCUCUGGAACUGGGGCUGGCGCUGAAGGAGGGUCUCGAGGCGACGCACUUUGUGGAAAAGCAACGUCUUACCGGUCUAGCCAGGGCCACAGUUAGUUUUGAGGCGGCCAGGACUCAAGGAGCACCGGGCGACGAGGACUCGAAGCAAUUCGCAAUUGCGAUCGCACGUGUUGUAGAUGAGGUGAAAUGCUCGGAUAUUGUGGUUCUCGACGUUGCGCCAGGAAUGAUUUUGAUUAUUCGAAUCACCGCACAGGAUUUUGGUGAUGUUGUGCUUCACCUCUUCACAAACGAGCAGCGGGAGUACUACGACAUAGAGUCGUUCUACGCGGCAGCGGAGGAGGUGGAGCUGCCUUUCGGUCAGCCGGAUCAGGGGGCCCCCAGUGGUCGGUCGGAGAGCGGCAGUGGCCAGUCUUCCAGCACCAGUUCAAAUCCUACUUGGAGCACCAAAAUCUGAUUGUCGUAAUUUGAAAAAGCCUGCCAAAGCACGCAGAGGGGGAGGAAGGGGAGGCGGAACAGAAAAAACAAGCCGCUCUCUCCAGGCUGAAGAGAGGCUGAAGAGAGGCUGAAAGUACGAGGAGGCCGUGAUGCCCGGGUGUCCACAGGUCUCUGUCAAAACACACAAAUGUAUUUUCCUGGGAUGGGGAUGGGUGGCUGGGGUGAUGGUGAUCUCUCCCAACGCUCUCGCAGGCGUGUGCGUGCAUCGGUCUGUCGGUCUGUCUGUCCGUCGGUGGAUGUGUUAACUGCACAUGUGGUCCCUCCUCCGUGCUUGGGAGGAGGGGGAGAGAGAGAGAAGAGAGUGACACUCAUCAUUACUGACUGACCGCCUGGCCGUCUGGCUGGCUAGAGAAGGGAGGAUAGAUGGAUGGUGGUGGUGGUGGUGGUGGUAGUGCCGGUACUGCUGCCUUCCCUCCUUUCAUGUGUACCCCGCUGCGCCACUGCGGAGGGGUACCAAAUUUCUGAAAAUUCAAAGGAUGUGCUUGCAAGCAAAGAGUAGGCACACAUACACACAUAUUUGAGGCUGUCUCUUGCGGUAAUCGACCCCCCGGGGCUACCGCCGGUACUUUCCUGUGCUCAUGUCCCCCGUAUUAACCUGUGUAACCUCGUGGCUCUGCCGAAGCUG